CCUGUUGGCAGGGAAAGGGGGGGGAGGGGGAAUUGGAUUUUCUGCAAGUAGAUUGUUGGUGAUGAAUUGGAAAAUCCCUGAUCGCCAUGGAUGUGUUCGGGACAAUCCCGCACGGAAAUGCACAGUGGAAACACCCUCUGAGCCCACAGUAACUUGAUCCGUUCCGGGAACUCAGGGUGGGGAGAAAGAAGGGACUUAGCCACCGAGUCCUGAAAUCGGAGUUGAUGCUAAUGCCGCAACUUUUUAUUUUUGCCGAAGAAUUUUCAAAUCUCUGGAUAUUUCAGUGGGCGGGACUGGUCACUUGGAGCCUUCAGUUUCAGAUCCAAUCAUUUCCUGGUCGCUUGAUCUCGAUACAAUUUGUAGCAUUUUCACCGGCCAACCAACUCUGAAGGGAGUUGCUUCCUGUUCCUUCGCUCUUGUGCCGCCUGUAAUCGCUUAGGCCGAAGAUAUGUCUGAAAUGGAAGAUGAAUCCUCUCCCAUGCCAGGAACAGAGGAAGAUGACAAAGCAUCAGGGGGGGAUGUUGUUGAUGCAAAGCCAGACAGAUCAUCAAGAUUCCUAAAUUUCAAGAAAAAAACAAAGGAUGAACGAGAAAAGAAUCCAGAAAUUUCUGAUUGUCACACCCGGGUUGUUGCUUCUACAUUCCUGUACAAUAUGAACUUCAAAAGAGUAGGAAAAUGCAUUAUUAUCAACAAUAAGAAUUUUGAUGACAAAACAGAAAUGAAUGUGCGUAAUGGCACUGACAUUGAUGCUGGGAAUCUGAUGACAUGUUUUAGCUCUUUGGGUUUCAACGUUGUUGUUUUAAAUGAUCAGACGUGUUCUCAAAUGGAGAAUAUAUUGCAUGCUGUUUCUCAGGAAAACCACUCCAACAAUGCCUGCUUUGCAUGUAUCCUUUUAAGCCACGGUGAUGAAGGCAUGAUCUAUGGUACAGACGGAGCAAUGCCUAUAAAGAGACUCACUUCUCUCUUCCGAGGGGAUAUGUGCAAGACCCUUGUGGGGAAACCGAAACUCUUUUUCAUUCAGGCUUGUAGAGGUUCAGAAUUUGAUCAAGGAAUUCAGACCGAUUCUGGACCUGCUUGUGAUGUAGAAACUGAUGCAAAUCCUCAUCACAAAAUCCCAGUGGAAGCUGACUUCUUGUAUGCCUAUUCCACUGUACCAGGCUAUUACUCAUGGAGGAAUCCAGGCAAGGGUUCUUGGUUUGCACAGGCCCUGUGUAAUGCCUUCACAGAAUAUGGUAAAGAAUUUGAGAUCAUGCAGAUCCUAACCAGAGUCAACUACAUGGUGGCCAUGCAUUUUGAGUCUUGGUCUGAAGAUCCACGAUUCAGUGAAAAGAAGCAGAUACCCUGCAUUGUCUCCAUGCUGACAAAGGAACUUUACUUUAAAAAGAAAUAAAGCACAACAUCCUCAGUUUACAUUUCAGGGAAGUUUUUAAUUUUAAGAUUUAAAUUGCUCUUUAGGUCAAACUUUUUAGUGGAGCUUUCAAAAUAAGCUGAAGCAAAAUGCAGAAUUCAGAAGAACCAUUUGCUAUCUGUGAGUGACCACUUACUACUUGUGUUUCAUAUUCUGAAGCAUGACAAAACAUAGAUAAUGAACUAUCAGCUCUGUUAUUGUCUGUAUCAAUACACAAUGCAGCUUAUAAAUGGCAAUUCUGUGCAACUGCAAAAUUCAAAGCAUGGUUGACCUGGAUUCAUGUCUCAAAUUUGAUAUGACUUCUUGUUUGAGUUAUUAUUUAAACCUCAGCAGGGUGAAUUCCAUAUGGUUUUUUUGAUGAGCCAAGAGCUUUAAACUUGAACAAAGACAUUCAUCAAAUAUAUUUCGUUUAUGUUUCUCAACAAAGUUUUGAGACAGGGGAUUUUUAAAUGCUUCAUAUAUAUCUCAGCAAUGUUCAUAUUUUUUUCAGCCAAUACAGUAUUUUUCAGUUUUGUUUUUUUCCUGCCAAGAAACAUUAAAAUCCAUUCUCUACAAAAGCAAAGAAUAA